UUUAGAUCCUUUAUGACUGUUCUGAAUCAAAGAGCAGAGUAACUACUCCAGCAAAUGAGCAAAAGACAGAAAAAUAAGAGCAGAAUAGUCAAAAGUAAUAUUCACGCGUCAACUUUGACGUCGUCUUAGAAAAAAUUCCAACAAGUAAUUACGUAGCGCUUUCUCACGUCUCUCGCUACUACGUACUUCUUAAACACACACAAACUUUCUUUCUUAACCAGUUGACUCGCUUUUCUCUCUUUCCCUCUCUCUCUCUCUCUCUGAAUCUCUCGGUAAUGAUGAACUUCAACGAGCAGGAUCCAAUGAGCAUCCCCGAAGAAACCAACUCUCCUUCUCAAAGCUACGCCAUGAGCAGCAAAAUCAUGCUAAGCGCCAUUAUAAUUCUCUUCUUCGUCGUCAUUUUAAUGGUCUUCCUCCAUCUCUACGCUCGCUGGUACCUCCUCCGCGCUCGCAGACGCCACCUCCGCCGCCGUAACCGCCGCGCUACAAUGGUUUUCUUCUCCGCCGACCCUUCCACCGUAACCCCCACACGCGGCCUCGAUCCCACCGUCAUUAAAUCACUCCCCGUUUUCACUUUCUCCGACGCAACACAUAAGGAUCCGAUAGAGUGUGCCGUCUGUCUUUCCGAGUUCCAAGAGAGCGAGUCGGGUCGGGUCAUGCCCAAUUGUAAACACUCUUUUCAUGUUGACUGCAUUGAUAUGUGGUUUCAUUCUCAUUCCACUUGUCCUCUCUGCCGCUCUCUCGUUGAGCCUUCCAUGGAGGAACAAGUUGUGAUCACGAUUUCUCCUGAACCGGUUUCUGCAAUUGAACCGGGUUCGAGCUCUGGAUUAAGGGAUGAUCCUCAAGAUUUGGGGAGAAAACCGGCGGCGAUUGAGGUCCCGAGGAGGAACUUCAGUGAGUUCGAGGACGAGUUGACUCGGAACUCGCCAUUUAGGUCUCCGAUGAGUCGGAUGUUAUCUUUCACUCGGAUGUUGAGCAGGGAUCGGCGAACUGCUUUGUCGCCCAUUGCCGGAGCUCCGCCUCUAUCGCCGUCGUCGAGUUGCCAGGUACGGAUGAACGAGUCAGAUAUCGAGCAUGGAGUAGAAGAGACUAUGUGAUUUUGCCACGUGGAUGUUCGUUAUUGGUUUUAAUAUAACAAGAAGUGAAGCUACAAUUUAUUACAGUAUUGAUAAGUCAACAAGCCUUUGUCGAGGGUGGAACACGUGCGUAAUCCGACCAAACAAUGAGUCAAUAAGUAACAUGUGUUACUAAUAGAUUUGAAUCAUUUGAUAGAUAUUUUUGACAUGUACAUAUAUAUGUAGUCAGUCAGUCGUCGAUGUUGAAUUUUAUUUCCAUUUAUUUUUCUUUAUUCUAUUUUUUUUCUCUAUAAACACGCAAGCAAUUAGUUUCCAACAAUGGAAUUCAUGUUUAAAGAGUCUUAACGCGGUAAGUACACUCAGAAUGAGAUUUAUGGUGCUCAACACGACUACGGCAUUCGAUUUUGGACUCCAACUCUUUCAGUUUUAGUUACUUUAUUUAUUAUUUUAGUCUCGUCUAUAGAAAAGUAAACUUCAUUGAACUAUGACUCUGGGUUUCUACGCGUAAGUGGACCAAGUCUCGUGCCUCCUAACCACACCACAUAGGGAUGUUAACAUGGGUUUAUCCAAACUCAUUGAUAAUGGGUUAUGUUUUGCCCCAUCUAAAACUAAUUGGGAUAAAUAUGGGUAUAAAAUUUUAAAAUUCAUAUUAGAUUGGGUAAAUACAA